AUGCUUGCCCAAUUACUUACAGGCAGUGCAUUGAAGUCAGUCGCAAGACUGGCUCAACCGAUUACUUCACGAGCACUAACCGCAAGACUCUAUUCAGGGUCACCACCACCACCCCCACCAAAACAAUCAUAUGAAAACAACCUCAAGACAGCAGCUUCGCCUCCACCACCACCGCCAGCUGAAGAUACCACUCACUUUGGUUACAAAACUGUUAAUCGUUCUGAAAAGGAAAACUUGGUGGGAGGAGUUUUUUCAUCAGUUGCUUCAAACUAUGACUUGAUGAACGACGUCAUGUCCAUGGGGGUCCACCGUUUGUGGAAACACCAUUUCAUCAACAGAUUGGAUGCUGGAAUGAGGCCAUCGUCCUCGGAACCUUUGCAAUUUCUUGACGUGGCUGGAGGCACUGGGGAUAUUGCAUUUGGGUUAUUAGAACAUGCCGAAAAGAGAUUUGGCGAUGUUGAGAGUGAAAUUACUGUGGCUGAUAUCAACCCUGACAUGUUGAAAGAGGGUGAGUUGAGAUAUGCCAAACUGAAAUGGGCCAAAGAAGGCAAGAAUCGUAUCAAGUUUCUUGUCCAGAAUGGUGAAACUAUGGAUGCAAUUCCCGACAAUUCUAAAGACGUCUACACUAUCGCAUUCGGUAUUAGAAACUUUACCGAUAUACAAAAGGGUUUGAAUACGGCAUACAGAGUGUUGAAACCAGGUGGAAUUUUUGCCUGUUUGGAAUUUUCACAAGUUGAGAACCCUGUUGUUGAUUACGCUUAUCAAGCAUACCUGUUUUCAUUAUUGCCAUUAAUGGGUCAACUAAUUGCAAAUGAUAGAGAGUCGUACCAGUAUUUGGUUGAAAGUAUACAAAAGUUUCCAAAGCAAGAGGAAUUCAAGUCAAUGAUCGAAAAGGCUGGGUUCUACGUACCUGAACCAGGUUACGAGAACUUGACUUUUGGAGUUGCCAGCAUUCACAUUGGUAUUAAGCUUUAG